GAUGCAUCAGUCUGAUGGGAGAUACAGUAUGAAUUCCUCUUGCUCAUCUCUCCAGGUAGAAGUGGUUUUUAAAAAAAAUUUUUUUUAAACUGGGAAUGAUUGUGCUUUCUAUUCAAAAUCCUUUCUAGAAAGGAGAUUUAUGGUUUGGGGAAAGGAAAAAGACCCUCUUCCAAAGACUGAUAGACAUCAAGAUGUUUCCAGAUUUUUAUACAGUAUUCCUCAUCCUGGCCAUGAGCCCCUCAGCUUCUCUAGGGUUCAGUUCAAUAGCAGAAACUGAAGAUGCCCUCCUGAAGAAGUUAUUUCAAGGGUACCAGAAAUGGGUUCGCCCUGUAUUGAAUGCCAAUGACACCAUAAAAGUAUAUUUUGGAUUAAAAAUUUCUCAGUUAGUAGAUGUGGAUGAAAAGAACCAGCUGAUGACAACAAAUGUAUGGCUUAAACAGGAAUGGAUAGACCACAAAUUGCGCUGGAACCCUGAUGAAUAUGGUGGAAUAAACUCCAUUAAAGUUCCUUCUGAAUCUCUUUGGCUUCCUGAUAUAGUUCUUUUUGAAAAUGCUGAUGGACGCUUCGAAGGUUCCCUGAUGACCAAGGUCAUAGUAAGACACAAUGGAACCAUUGUUUGGACUCCUCCAUCUAGUUACAAAAGCUCCUGCACAAUGGAUGUGACAUUUUUCCCAUUUGACCGACAGAACUGUUCAAUGAAAUUUGGUUCCUGGACUUAUGAUGGCACCAUGGUUGACCUUGUUUUAAUCGAUGAGAAUGUUGACAGGAAAGACUUCUUUGAUAAUGGAGAAUGGGAAAUACUCUAUGCCAAAGGCAUGAAAGGAAACAGAAGGGAGGGUUUGUAUUCUUACCCUUAUGUUACAUAUUCUUUUGUUCUGAGGCGUCUGCCUCUGUUCUAUACCCUUUUCCUCAUAGUCCCUUGUCUUGGAUUGUCCUUCCUGACCAUCCUUGUCUUUUAUUUGCCUUCUGAUGAAGGAGAAAAACUCUCUCUCUCCACAUCAGUUCUAGUUUCCCUGACUGUUUUUCUCCUAGUGAUUGAAGAAAUCAUCCCAUCUUCUUCAAAGGUCAUCCCCCUGAUUGGGGAGUAUCUGCUAUUCAUCAUGAUUUUUGUCACCCUGUCCAUCAUCAUCACAGUCUUUGUUAUCAAUGUUCACCACCGUUCUUCUUCCACUUACCACCCCAUGGCCCCUUGGGUAAAAAGAUUGUUUCUCCAAAAGCUCCCGAAACUUCUCUGCAUGAGAGGCCCCAUUGAUCGCUACCCCUUCCCAGAUGUGGUGGAAAGCCAGCCAGAAGCUAAAGCAAAAAUGCCAGCAAAGCAGAGACAGAAACAAAUGAAAGAUGGAGAAAAAAUACUGGUUGCCUUUUUGGAAAAGGCUGCUGAGUCUAUUAGGUACAUCUCUAGGCACGUGAAGAAAGAACAUUUCAUCAACGAGGUAGUACAGGACUGGAAGUUUGUAGCUCAAGUCCUUGACCGUAUCUUCCUCUGGCUAUUUCUGUUAGUAUCAAUAACAGGUUCCGUCCUGAUAUUUACUCCUGCUUUGCAGAUGUGGCUCAGCAGUUACCACUAGACAUCACUUUCUGCAAUGGUUUCAAUAAUGGCCAUAAAGAUGAUGCCGUCUCUUGCAAUCAAUAUUUAAUCAGCAUACACUCAGGAGCAGAAUGAGCAUGCUUAUGAAAAUGGCCCUGACUCACAAUAAAUGCCUGCCCAGGAGAGGAGCUUCCUAAAAAUGGGUUUACCAGUAAAUGCUUUUGUAUUCUCAAGUCCCCAUUAGAGUAAAGUGGGCAUAACGUUACAGAGCACCAAAGAAGCCUUCUGGGUGAGGCUCCUGAGCCCCUUUCCUUAUUUGGAGGUUGAAUAAUCAGGAUAAGAUGCUUAGAUGAUUGGGGCUGAGGGCAGAGAAUGUAUUAACUUUGGGUUUAUAGUUUGUUAACCUCGUCUCAGAAGUUACCAAACAUCAGGCUUGUUCUGGUAUGGAUAUUUCUUUAUAAUUAGUCCCAUCAGACCACCCUUGGUGAAGGCUAGAGCUCUUUUAUUCAUCCUAUCAGAAUAUCUAGGUGGGACAAGAAGCUUCCCAUCUAGGGAAGAUCCCCUUCAAAAUAUCAUCUCUCUGGGGGCAGCUGGGGAGCUCAGUGGAUUGAGAGCUAGACCUAGAGACAGGAGUUCCUAGGUUCAAAUCUGACCUCAGACACUUCCCAGCUGUGUGACCCUGGGCAAGUCACUUGACCCCCAUUGCCUAGCCCUUACCACUCUUCUGCCUUGGAGCCAAUACACAGUAUUGACUUCAACGUGGAAGGUAAGGGUUUAAAAAAAUAAAUAAAAAAUAAGAAAAUAGCAUCUCUCACAUCCCAGCUUAUUCUGGUUUUGAAUAAAGUAGCGAAUGAGAGUCUGUCUACUUACAUUACACUGUUCUGUAGCUCCCUUUCUUUAAGUUCUAGUUACUUUUUCUGGGGAGCAGAGGUUUUCUCCCAAACUUACAGCAUAUAAAUUCUAUCCCUUUUCUCCAUAUCACACAGGUAGAAAAUGACAAGAAAUGAAACUUGAACCCACAUCUCUAAAUCCAGUGCUCUUUCCAUUGUACCACAAAAAGCCCUCAAAAGGAAUUCCUACAGCAGUUCUUAAAAUGCUUUGAGCAGGGCAACUAGGUAGCUUAGUGGAUAGACAGCCAGGCCUGGAUAUGGGAAAUCUUGUGCUCAAAUCUGGCCUCAGACGCUUCCUACCUGUGUGACCCUGGGCAAGUCAUUUAACCCCCAUUGCUUAGCUUUUAAUGCUCUUUUGCUUUGGAACCAAUAGUUAUUAUCAAGGAAAAGUAAGGGUUUUAAAGAAUGCUUUGAAGGCUAUUGGCACCUGUUAGAACACGUGGACAACUUCCAAAGGAAAGACAGUGUUGUUUACUCAAAUGAGUCUAAAGUCAAGUAUUCUUGAAAAAGAAUUAACUUCAUUUAUUAGUUGCAUAAUAGAUUUUAAUAUGAUCUCUAAGUCUGUGGUUCUGGAUAAUUUUUUCUCUUUUAAUUUGUCUAUAAAUAGUUUGAGUAGAGUUUAUAUUAAUGCUUGCAAAGAGGCUUGGUUAGCAUUAACAAUGAUAAUGGCUUGAAAACUCUGAUCAGAAAAAAGAAUGGUGAAGAUGAUACUGAAUUAGUCAAAAGUUAUAAUCACAAAAAAGUGAUAGACCCAAAAAGGAGAUUUAGAUCUACGAAAAUGAGUCCUAGAAGAGCCAUGAAAGGUAAUACAAAUCUUUUAAAUACUAGUACUCAAAACUUUUAUAUAAAACACAUCUACACAAACUCUACACUGGGUACUCAAGGAAUCUAGGGAGACUCUAUAUAGGAAUCUUGACUUGAAGAGCUUUUUCAGUUACUUUAAUUUUUCUUGAGAAUUUUUUCUAUAAAAUUUAUUCUGCGCAACACAUCAAUCUCUCUCCAUGACUUAGUCGAUAAUCUUGGAAAGCUGCUGGGGCCAAAAUAAAAAAUCAUUGCCCACAACCGGUCUGGGGAUUAGCCUCUCUGAACUGAGCUAGGAUGGUCUUUGGCAGAGAGAGCCAUGUUCCCCUGGGCCGAUCUCGGAAGCCUUUCUAGCUUGGUAGGACGUGCCAAAAUUGGUACUCUCCUUUGAGAGCCUUUGGUCAUCCACAGCCCUCAAGAAGACUUGAAGGUAGGGACCAGUAAUAGGUGGUAUAACAGGCCAUGCCCAGGGAACAGCUAUCCUAAAGGGAACCGUAAAGGGAAUGCCAAGGUAAUUGUUUCGAAUGUAGUAAAAGAGCUGAAAAUUUAGAAAACUUGAUUUUGAUGUUCAUGAGACAGAGCUAAGAGACCUGUAGUCACUGAACACAAGUGGUCAAAUUCAUAUACUCUACCUAAAGACUUGUGUUAGCUUCCAUGUAUAUAGUCCAGUACAUGUGCUAGCUUUUAUGUGCCUGUACAUAUGUUGGCUCCCAUGCAUGCGUGUCGGCUUCCAUGUUUGACUAAGUGUGCAUUUGAGUGUACUGCAAAUUUAACAUAUUUAAAGACAUGUCCAUUCAAUUUGUUUAUAAAAACAAUAUUGAGGUGCAUUUAUUAUUAUGCAUUAAAAUAAAAUGGGUUAUACA